UCAGCGGACUGGCGUGCUCAUAUUUCUUGCAGAUUGCGUAGAGGAACGAAGUGUACCGAAUGUACAAUACACGGAUAAAGUGGGAGAGCGUAGCGUAGUAUUUAGGACGUACUUUCCACACCACAGUUUCUCUAUAAACCAACACCUGUCUAACUGUACCGAGCAGUGUGUUGAUGUGACACUGUGAACUCGGCCCGGUGUUUCACUGCAUCGACGGUGUGCAUUGGACGUGUGUGGUGGGGAGAGCCACACACCCGGACCUCGGAGGAGACGCCUCAUGAGGGUAUUGUGAGUUUUAGUUGGGAAGGAGAUAACAGGCAUGAGUCAACCACCGCGGCUGACUGAGGGGCAAAUCCCAGGACUGGAUACUGAGGCCAAACUCAAGGAUGACAGACCAGAAACACUUAGCCCAUCUGGUCAUGUCACACUUCCCAAAGUUCAGACCAUGACUGUUGCAGCAACGACGGGGACAAACGCCAGAACCGACACCGCAAUUGCUGCAGGGGUUGUACAUGGUGCGGUUGGCAGCAACGUCACAAAUGUCUUCUACAAAGACACCGAGGCCGCUCUGAAACGGAACCUCAGGACUUUAGAAAACAAAAUGCAGAUACAUCAACGCCAAUUGAAUGAUAUGGAAUCAAAGAUACAAGAACUGGAAAACGACAUUAAACAACACCAAUGUAACGCUAGUUUGGAGGACACACCAAACGUCCAAGAUCAGAUUGGUCAACUGAAGGAAGAAAUAAAGAUGCACAAAUCUGAAAUAGCAAGGUUGGAGAACGAAGUGUUACCCGAUCUCAUGGCCAAGACGGACGAAGUCAAAGAUCAGCUAGAAAAACAUGAAAAGACUGCCCAAGAUAAGAUGGACGACAUCCCAGUUCUGAAGCGAAAGAUGCAGAGGCUGAUACAGGUCCUAGAAAAGUACGGUACAGACGUGGCACAUGAACGUGAGAAAAUAACAGAUCUAUAUAGACAGAUUGGAAAGUUGGAAAACGACAUGAAGAAAAAAGAGUCAGGUGAAAUGAGGGCUGUGCAAGAACUAAAGACUCAACUGGAGGCUGUCAGAUCUGAACAAGCCAAACAAAGCCGACAUCUGAGAGAUGAGAUGAGGGAGCUACGAGAAUGGAAGGAACAAAUGUGGAAACAGCAUGAUGAAAAGUUGAGGCAAAUGCAAGACCAGAUGAAAGAAGAACGGAUGGCGAGGGGAGCAGCGGAGAUAGCAAGGACGGCUGCAGAGAGACAGUUUGAUGCCUCGAGUGACGUUGAGGAGAGGGGAACCACCGCCACAUUGAGAGAAGCUGAUGGAAGUGUUGCACGGCAAGGAGUGACACAGAAAGCCUCCCGCAACAACCCCCAACGUUCCCUCGACCUGUAUGCCGCCUGCUGUGCUGGGGACCUGGACGUGGUGAAGAGCAUCCUGGAUCUGCGUCAGGCGGACGUCAACGUGAGAGGACGGAGGAGGAGCAGGACACCGCUGAUGGAGGCAGCAAGACGUGGACACAAAGAUGUGGUGGAGCUCCUUGUGAGGGAUGGAGCUGAUGUGUCACUGAGGGAUGAUGUUGAUGACAGCUUUCUUCACUUGGCCUGCCAGGGGGGAGAUUAUGGGACGGUGAAGGUGAUCCUGUCCCUGAACUUGAUGGACAUCAACUGUAGAGGAGGAGGGAGCAGGACCCCGUUGAUGGAGGCAGCGAGGCGUGGACACGGAGAUGUCGUUGAGCUCCUUGUGAUGGAAGGAGCUGAUGUGUCACUGGUGGACGAUGCCGGUAACAACAUCCUCCACGUAGCCUGUGGUGGAGGAGACGUGGGGGUAGUGGAGUUUGUCUUGUCUCUGAAUGUGGUGGACAUCAACAGUAGGAAUGACCACCGGCAGACAGCGGCCGGAGUGGCGAGAGAUGAAGGACAUAGACAAGUGGUGGAUGUCCUGGUGUCACAUGGUGCCCGCUGAUGUCACUGUAGUUUUGGUGUAGAACAUGUUGCUGCUAACACUGAUGUGGUGUGUACCGUUAACGUCACCGAGUUUUCAACGAGCGGCCCAGGUGAGAAUUAUUGUUGUGGUUGGUGAGAAAUAAAGCUUCUUGAGAACGUUUCA